AUGAAUGACUGUGGCUUGGAACAACUGGAGAAGCCAUAUUUUCCCAUUCAUCCGGAGAUGCACGAGAUCCGAGUCAGCCACAAUAAGCUCAAAUUUAUCUCAAUAGAUUUUUUUGAGAAUCUUUUCAAAUUGGUUAAUGUUUAUUUGGAUCAUAAUUCUCUGACUCAUCUGGAGUUGCCGCACAUGAAAAGUCUGAGAGAACUUUACCUUGGACAUAAUAAAUUGGCCGAUUUCACCUUUAGUGAUUGUCGACGCUUGGAACUACUCUACCUCAACGACAAUCAACUCACUCAUAACUUUUCUAAUCCUGUCAUUUUCUCGCUUAGCUGGACUCCACUUCUUUCCAACAAUUACCCGAAUUAUUGGGAGCUGCAGCUGAGUGGAAAUUUGAUUACUGAGAUUGGCGGGGAUACUUUCCAGUCACUGAUAAAACUGCGCACUCUAAAUCUCUCGAGGAAUGCAUUGACUUCACUUCCGGCAGAUGUCUUUGGCUCAUCUGAACAGAAAUUCGCACUGCAACAAUUGGAUCUCUCUCACAACAACAUUAAUGUGCUCUUCGAAAACCAAUUCGAAUUUUUGGGUGGACUCCAAAUGCUGAAUUUAUCUGGAAAUCAAAUUGCCGUUUUGAAGAGUGCUCACUUUGCAGGUCUUACUUCGUUACGCCAUUUGCAUUUGCAGUCAAACGAUAAAAUGGAGCUAAGAGGACACACCUUUGCAACACUCAAGCAACUGGAGACUCUCGACUUGUCCCACAUUGGUCUCGAUAUUCUGGAUCCGCAUCUCUUCGGCUACAAUCAGGAGGGCACAGAAAGUAUCUACGAUUACUUGCCAAUGGCUUACAUGCGUAAGCUUAAUCUAAGUAGCAAUAAUCUCCAACAUCUGCACCCUAGAGCCUUUGCUAAGUUAUCCUCUUUGGAAGAACUCUAUCUGAGCAACAAUGCAUUGCGUGUGCUUCCCGAGGGCCUGUUUGUUCCUAUACAAAAUCUGAAGAAGCUGGACGUGAGUUACAAUCAAUUGGCGGAGAUAAGCAGCGAUGUUAUAAACAGCCUGAACAACAUCACCGAUCUGCAUAUUGACAACAAUCGGCUAACUUUUCUGCCCAAUCUGAAUGGAAAGCUGCGAAAUGUGAGAGUGUUCACAGUGAGCUUGAGUUUCGGCGAACAACCGGAUGAGGUGUUACAAUGGUGAAGCUAUGUAAUUAAAUUUAAUUGUUUGCUUGAGUAAUGUAUUCUUCAUGAUAAGAAAAUAUUUUAAGAAUUUCUUUUCAAGUUCGUUAAAAAUUAUACCUUUUAUAAUAACCAAAAUCGUUUUAAUAAACAUACAUCAAUAAAUGUCAACUCAGCA